AUGUCUGCAAAACAAACCACAAAGCAGUCAUCUCUUGAUCAUGAACCAACCUCUACCUCCAUACUUCCAUCCAAAUCAUCACAACCACCCAUAGCCAUGUCUUCCAAACCGAGAGUGGACACCGGAUGGGCAUCCAAAGACACUCAGAUCUACUAUGCAAAGAAAUACAGACAGAUCCUCGCUUCCGGUCCCGCGUGUGCUUUGGCUGUUAUGGCAGGAGAAACGUUGACCAGACCCAGGCUCCCCUUGAGAACGUCAAAGUUCGAAUGCAAUCGUAAGGCUGAGCCAGUUGAAGAUGAGUUUCUCAUAGCUAACAGUCGAAGGCGUCAUUUCGAAAAUGCUCUUGCAGCGACCAAAUACACCUACCGUACCGAAGGACUUCGUGGUUUCUGGGCCGGUACACUGAGUCCACUCUUUUCAAUCACUUUCUCUCGUGCGCUCGGUUUCUCUGUCUAUCGAAAGGCAAAAUACACAUUCGACGGCUGGAUCGAAGCAACUACUGGAACGUCACCACUCCAACAUGUCAACAAGCCAGGCACAUACCCAACAAUCUACACUAUCGCUUGCUUCUCUGGAGCUGGAAUGGUAUCCGGUGGUGUGACAGCCGUUGCUCUGACUCCAGUCGAACUCGUCAAGAAUGCAACUCAAACAUCUGUUCUGAUGGCCAGCCAAGGCAACUCUCCAACCGUCAAAGCUCCGGGCGUUAAGAACGUCGGCAGGGUCAGCUCGUGGACAUCUAUGAAGAGAAUCGUGGAACGACGUGGAGUCCUAGGUCUUUGGACGGGCUUUCGCCUUCAUUUUGCUCGCGACGUGAUCGGCACUGGCAUCUAUUUCGGCAUCUACGAAACCACCAAGCAGACCCUGAACUCAUACUACGGCUCUGAAAAGGCAAACUCUCCUGGCGCGGUGGCUGUCGCUGGUCUUCUCUGCGGUAUCGGCUCUUGGGUCGUGACCUAUCCUCUCGACACCAUGAAGACACGGGCGCAAAACAACCUCGUCGGCGCUGGCAGCGUGCCAUCCACAACCUCCAAGGCCUCUGCGUCGCUGUCGUCUGCCCUCGACACCGCUGCAAAGACGGCGGCGCGCUCCUCCAAGUGGAAAGGCGUGGAAAUGAUCAUCCUGCGGUCUUCGAUCCAGAAUAUGAUCCAGAUGUCCAUCUUUGAGCAGGCGAAGGUCGUCAUCGACGACCUCACCUUCUCCGACGGUAGCCGCACCUUGCCGGAGGUGGAGCGGCACUUUGGCCGGGACUCCAGAGUCCAUAAAAAUGACAAGUUGUGA